GCGUGAGUGUGUGUGUGCCAUAGUAUAUAGAAAACAUGAAAUAACAUCAACAGGCAUCUCCUAGACAAGAAACGUUCUGGAGGUCGGCGGCGGAUCACGUGAGCGAGGUGGUACGUUUGCCUCUCAGAACUCGUACGUUUGCAGUCGUCACGGCCAAGGAGUCGCUGCUCAGCUCUUGACGGAGGCACAUCAUCUCGAAGCUCUAGCGUACAUCCAAGUGAAUAAAAUGAUUGUUCGUUCACCGAGGAGUAUGUCCUGCUGCUGCAGCCGUGAAAAGAAGAAAUGGAUUAUUAAUAUAGGGUGUUUCGCUGUCGGAUUUCUUCUGGGCUUCGUAAUCGGUUACUUCCCUUUUCCUUGCUCUGCUGGAGAAACAGCGGAGGCGGUGGCAGAGGCAAGAGCACCCAGCACCGAAGCAGAAACAAAGUCAUCGACAACAGAGGCAAAUGCACCCAGCACCGAAGCAGAAACAAAGUCAUCGACAGCAAAAACAAAGACAUCGACAGCGAAAACAAAGUCACCGACCGCAGAGGCAGAUGCACCCAUCAUCGAAGUAGAAACAGAGUCAUCGACAACAGCGAUCAACAUGUCCGAUCCCCACGAGGCCAUCGCGCGGGAAUUGCAGAACCUGCGAAGUCUGGGCUGCCGGCCGAGGCUGACGAGUGUGUACGUGAUUGACUUGCUUAAAGCGAAGGAUGACUUAAAAGACAAAAACUUCAAGCCAAGGAAAGUUACGGCCAAGUGUUGCAGUGAUUCACAGAGCUUCUGCGAGACGAGAGGGCAUCGCUGUGUUCCAAGCAAGGACGGCGUGAGGAAGAAGAAAUUUGCUGUGGAAUUCGAGGAAAAUGGCCAGACCCAUACUCGCUGGCGGGAAGUGUGGGAGGAAGUUGCGUGCGAAUGUCGUCGCGACGGGGGUUCAAGGCAGUCUCCUUGCAGUAAUUGAUAGGCCAAUUAAGAUUCAUUAGAGGAUAUACGUGUCCCAGGUACCGGAUUGGCCUACUUUCUAUAUAUGUAUAUGCAGUGAUAUUUACUUUUCUAAUACUUUUUAUUGUAUUUCAUGACCAAAAGUGAAUAUGCAAGUUUAAAAGAAAUAAUUGUUAUCCCAGUAUUACAUUUUCUGUACUACGAAGUCAACUAAAAGCAACAGUUGGCCAUUAUACAGAGCUUCUGAGGGAAAUUAGAGGUUAAUCUGUUAAUAUUUGUGCAAUGAAGUAAUGUCAUGUAUUUUUAUGUAGCACAGAAUGAAGAUAUAUGUGUUAAGAAUCUUCAUGUAUGAAGAAAACAAAGUUUAUGUUACAGAUCUCAUAGGUUAAGAGGAUGAACCUAUAUUUUAUUUAACUUUUACAUGAAGAAACACUAUCAAGGAAAUAUAAUGAAAAUGUAGCUGUAUAAAAGAGUAAAAGGAAUAAACACACCAAGAGA